CGGGAGAACAACGUCAUCAGUCAGCGACGUUGAAACUGUGUUUCUGUUUACCUCGACGUUCCCUACAGACCCGAAUGCAGAGAAUUCUACAUUUUAGGAAAAUAUAGACAUAUUUGAGUGUUUUCUAACCGUUAACGCUCUGUUGUGUCGUAUGAAUUCAACAUGAGCGGAGGCUUAGCACCGAGCAAAAGCACGGUAUAUGUGUCCAACCUGCCAUUCUCUCUCACCAAUAACGACCUCCAUAAGCUGUUUACCAAAUAUGGAAAAGUGGUUAAGGUUACAAUUGUGAAAGAUAAAGACACCCACAAAAGCAAAGGAGUGGCAUUUGUUCUAUUUCUGGACAGAGAGUCAGCUCAUAACUGUGCAAGAGCAGUGAACAACAAGCAGUUGUUUGGCAGAACUGUGAAAGCCAGUAUUGCAAUCGACAAUGGACGAGCAACUGAGUUUAUCAGGAGGCGCAACUACACAGACAAGAGCAGGUGUUACGAAUGUGGGGAUAUGGGACAUAUGAGCUAUGCAUGCCCCAAAAAUAUGCUGGGGGAGAGAGAACCACCAAAGAAGAAGGAAAAGAAAAAGAAGAAAAAAAAUCAGCAAAUAGAACAUGUUGAAGAAGAAGAACUGGAAAGUGAAGAAGAAGGAGAGGAUCCAGCCCUCGAUAGUCUUAGUCGAGCCAUAGCUUUUCAGCAAGCACGUAUCGACGAAGAGGAGAAGCAAAGAAAAAACGUAGUUGUGUCCCAGGAUGACAGCACGCAUCCUUCUACAUCCGCAGACUCCAGGAAGCUACGGAUCAAAAAGAGCGCAUACUUUAGUGAUGAGGAAGAGCUGAGUGACUAACGGGUACUUUUUUUUGUUGUUGGGUUACAGUUUUUUUUUUUAAAUAUCUUUGUCUUUUAAACUGGAAUGCAUCCGGAAUAUUCUGCUGUAUCCAUCCAUUUUCUAUAGCGCUUGUGCUCAUUAAAAUCAUGGGCGAGCUAAAGCCUAUGAGGUGUGUGGGGGGGGUACACCUUGGACCUGGCUGCCGCUAGUCAAUCUCAGUAUUUGGCAACAUUGUACAUACUGUAAAUUGAAUUUGUUGUAAAUAAAUAUGCUUUUGUGUUCUGCUCA